AUGGACCCUGACACCAAACUCAUUGGAAACAUGGCACUAUUGCCUAUCAGAAGUCAGUUCAAAGGACCUGCCCCUAGAGAGACAAAAGAUACAGAUAUUGUGGAUGAAGCUAUCUAUUACUUUAAGGCCAAUGUCUUCUUCAAAAACUAUGAAAUUAAGAAUGAAGCUGAUAGGACCUUGAUAUACAUAACUCUCUACAUUUCUGAGUGUCUAAAGAAACUCCAAAAGUGCAAUUCUAAAAGCCAAGGCGAGAAAGAAAUGUAUACACUGGGAAUCACUAAUUUUCCCAUUCCUGGAGAGCCUGGUUUUCCACUUAAUGCCAUUUACGCCAAACCUGCAAACAAACAGGAAGAUGAAGUGAUGAGGGCCUACUUACAACAGUUGAGGCAAGAGACUGGACUGAGACUUUGUGAGAAAGUUUUUGACCCUCAAAAUGAUAAACCCAGCAAGUGGUGGACUUGCUUUGUGAAGAGACAGUUCAUGAACAAGAGUCUUUCAGGACCUGGACAAUAA